GUUUCGGCAAAUGCGAUCUUCACUCCACGGGAAUUUAAGCAGUAUCGACGAUGGCAAAAUUUGCACACGACGUUGAGGCCGAACGAGCAAGGCUUUCUCCCGACAGCAGAUGAGCACGAAGACUUCCAACAAUGGCUCCGGAAACAGGACUCUGGAUAUUUCUCCGAUGUAUUUGAAGAUGUGGCGGAGCACAUCAAAACUCCCACCGCAGACGAGCCACCUACAGCAAUUCUGUGUCGCCAUAUGAUGCAUCCAAGCACAGCUGGUCAUCUUGUAAAACGAUGUCCUGUCUGUACAGUCGACAUGUACAUCAGCUACAUGCGCGCACUUGAGAAGGCGCUCAAAGGUGCCGGAGGGCGUGCACCACGAGCCGCUAUGCAAGCGACGACAGAGCAGCAAGAAGCCUUGUAUGCUGCUUUUAUGAUGGGGAAGCUAGAAGUGCUCCAUUGCUUGGAGGAGUUCGAGCAACAGGCCGAAGAGGAACAACGGUGGCGGGAACAUCACAAAGACUGGAAGAACGAAGACGUGCGAACAGCAAGCCAAGCGCUGGAUUUGUAUUGGUCUGAAGCAUUCGCUCUCGUGGGUCUGCAGCCAUCACAGCCAAAGAAGAAGAAGUCGGUCAAAUUCACACCAGGCACUGAGUUUUGUGUGAGCCGACCCGAGGAGUACUUCAAACGGCGGUCUCCGCGGUACACGCCGGGAAAGUACACUGUACGGAUGCAAGACGACGAAGAUGAGGAGGUAGAAGAGGAAGGCGAAGAGAUGGUCUCGGAGGAUUCCGAAGACUAUGCCCCCGGGAUCCGAAAAGCAGAGGCCACACCGAUUGGUAGCUUCGAAAUCCCUCGGCUAGAACUGAUGGAUGAUGAGGAGGAGGAUGAGGACGGCGAUGAUGAUAGCGACUGCGAUUGGGACAUGCAGGACGAUGAGACAGACGGCAGUGACUACAUUUACUUCGAAGCUGAAGAAGAUUGCAGCUUCGUGGUCUUUGGAGAAGAUUGA